AUGGUGACAAUUGUUGAUAGUAACAAUGAUAGCGAUGAUGAUAGUGAUAGUGAUGGUGCAAAUGAUGCUAACAUUGCUAAUGAUGACGGUAAUAUUGUUAUUCCUGCUGCUGUUGCUGACGAUGAUGAUAGUGAUGGUGAUGCCGCUAACGAUGAUGAUAACAUUGAUGAUGGUGCUGUUGUUGAUAAUGACAGUAAUACCAUUACUGUUGCUGCUACGGAUGAUGAUAUGAUGAAUGAAACAAUAGUAAUGGUAAUAAUAAUGAUGAUGAUGACAAUGAUAAUGAUAAUAGUGAUAUUCGAAUGA